AUGAAAGUUGCUGUGCGCGUUCGUCCAGCCCUUAAUCGUGAUGACCAUAUCUGUGUCAGCACCGAUAAAGCUUCUAUUACCAUUUUCAACCAGAAAAACAUCAAUGAAAAUAUCACGUAUAAAUCUCCUACUAUAUUUGACAUAAAUUCUAACCAGAAAGACGUUUAUGCUGAUUUAGUUCAGCCUGAGGUUAAUCAUAUUUUGGAAGGUAAAAAUGUCUCCAUUUUUGCUUAUGGAGCAAGUGGAAGUGGAAAGACCCACACAAUGCUUGGAUCACCUGUUGAUCCUGGGAUAAUUCCACGACUUAUCCAGGAUUUGUUUGAUAGUUUUCCCUGUCAGACUGAGUAUUCUUACAAAAUGUCUUUCUCAUAUUUGGAAAUCUACAAUGAAAAGAUCCUGGAUUUAAUGUCGGACAAUUCUGAAAACCUACCAAUUCGAGAAAAUGUCCAUCAAAAUAUAUUUGUCCCAAAUCUUACAGAGACAGAAAUUGGAAGUUUUGAAGAUUUUUUUAAAGUGUUUGGAUCAGCGUCUGACAAUAGAACAACAGCCACAACCUAUUCGAGUGCAAACUCCAGCAGCAGUCACAGUGUUCUUUUACUGAAGGUCGUCAAAACUGAUUUACAUACCUUAAAACAAUGCCAUCUUAGCAAAGUCUUUCUGGUUGAUCUGGCUGGCCCUGAAGACAAUCAGCUGACAGGAAAUGAAGGCUCCAGAUUCAAAAAAAGUGCAUUGGUCAAUAAAUCACUGUUUGCAUUUGUUGAUGUUAUUGAUGCAAUAAACCAUGGCAAUCGACCCGUUCUGUUUAGAAGCAGUAAACUCACCAGAUUGUUACAAGUAAGUUUCCAGAAUUCUCUUUGCGGUUCAUCUCAUAUUGUGCUGAUUGUUAAUAUUGCACCAGAAGCUAAACACUACCAUGAUACAUACUGCAGUUUGAAUUUUGCUUCUAAACAGAAAAAAAUUGUUGACAAUCCAGCAGUUGGCGAACUGGCCACAGCUUAUAAUAUUAAGCUUCCGAAUUCUAAACAGAUGCAUUUUAUUGAAAAAGACAAAAAUGCAAAGGAAAACACUAAGAUUUCUUUGGAUUCUGCUAAGAAAUUGAAAUUAAGUUCUACUGGGUCGGAACAAUCAAAAAGCUCAGUUGUGGACCUAAAGCAGCAGAUGUUAAAAAUGGAAGAAUCCUUAAAGAGCCAAACAUAUUUGAAUUCUAAAAUCCCAGCAAAAGAUCAAAAACUAGAAUUACAUAAAGUCCAAACUAAAAAUUGUACCGAAAUGGCACGUACACGUACCAAGAUAAAAGAUGAUCAGAAAUCCAAGUUGAAGAAUUCUCGUGUCAAACAGAGCAAUGACCAUAAAAAUUUGACAUGUCUUAAGAAAGACAUCAAAAAAGAAUUCACUCCAAGAUAUUUCAGGAGUAUCACGACCAAAAAUGACUAUCUACUAAUAGAAAAUAAACAGAAAAACCACCGGGACGAUGUUCUAAAGAUAUUAAAUUCUCAAUGUGAAAAGGACUUGAUGCUUUUGCACACAGUAGGGAAAAACCGUGCACAGAUGAUCAUCAAGUGGAACCAGUAUCACGGGCCCUUUCAGCAGAUUGAAGAUUUGGUUCACAUUCCUGACCUUGGAAAAAAAUAUCUUACACAGUUUUUGCACCAAAACCAUCUGCUGGGCAUGGACAAAGAGAACAUGUAA